GACGAUUGGUUAUAAAAAGGGGGUUCUUCGUCAAUCUCCUGCAUCCCAUUCACAUCCUCAUUCUUUUACCGUGAAUACUCAAAUACCCAAGGCAACCCACCAAACCCCCCUCAAAAGCUUUUAUAUAUAUCCACACACUCCCAACCAUCAACAAUGACCACACCCACGCAUCAUCUCGCCGCCAUUACCCCCGCAAAAGGCGCCCCUUUCACGCUGCAAACCCGCAUCACGCCCAAGCCCGGACCAGACGAGCUCCUCAUCGCCGUCAAAUCCGUCGCCCUCAACCCGGCAGACACCAUCAUGCGUGACGAGGGCCUCUUCAUCCCGGACACACAGUACCCCACGGUCGUUGGAUUCGAUAUCUCGGGCGUCGUCCUCGAGGUCGGCGAGAACGUCCCCAUCGGUCCAAUUGCUAUCACCACCCUUACCGCAACUCCCGAUAAAAACCCAUCCCCAUAUUUCCCCCCCGGCACCCGCAUCGCCGCUUACUCCGCCUUCGUCUGGAAAUCCUGCUCCCCGGACUACGGCGCCUUCCAGGAGCGCUGCCUGGUCCCGUGGCAGCACGCGAUGCCCGUUCCCAACCAUAUCUCCUGGAACGAGGCAGCCACCCUCCCCGUCGCGGGAGCGGUAGCCCUGAACGCGUGGGAUAUUAUGGGCAUUCCGCGGGUGGGAUCAGCCCCCGACCCCGCCUAUCCCAGUAGUGGUAGCGAAAAACCGAGCCAUAAACGCGAAGCGCUCCUCAUCUGGGGCGCCUCCUCCAGUGUCGGCAGCAUGGGCGUGCAAACCGCGCGACUCUUACGCGAAGACCCCGCCUCGUCUUUUGCUGCGGUGUACGCUACCGCUGGUGCGGCGAACCAGAUGUAUGUGGCUGAGCUGGGCGCGGAUCGCGUGUUUGAUUAUAAUGCGCCGGGUGUUGUGGAGAGUAUUGUGAAUGCGGCGAGGGAGGAUGAGUUGGUGGUUAGGUGUUGCUUUCUCGCGACGGGGGAGGUGGGGGGGUGUCAGGGUGUGGUGCGGGCUUUUGUUGGGGAGGGGGAGGGGAUGGGGAUGGGGAAGAUUGCGUCCGCGCCGAGGAUUCCGGUUGAUGUGAAAGAGGUGGAGGGGGUGGAGGUGAUCUUUUUGAUGCCGUCGAUGGAGGAGGGGGAGAGGAAGGCGCAGUUUCGGUAUUGGUUGGGGACGGCGAUGAGGGGGGGCUUGGGCAGUGGGGCGAUCAGGCCGAGUCCGGGGGUGAGGGUCGUGGGGAGAGGGUUGGCGGCGCUUAAUGAGGGGUUGGAUCUGUUGCAGCGGGGGGUGAGCUGUGUCAAGUUGGUGGUGGAGGUGGCGGAGUAG